CACACUGAGAGUGAGUGAGUGAUGAUCUCUGCGCAGUGCGGAGCUGAAAACAUGAGCAGCGUUGCAUUGAUCAUCAAUGUUUGUGCGUGAUGCAUUAAACACACACACUCACAGGUGUGAUUUGACGGAGAUCAUGCGCGCGAUGCGCUGGGCGUCUCUUCGCGGGGGAAAGUGUCUUCAUGAGUGUCCAAAGUAACAGCAACAGCAGUGGAAGUUUGGACGGAGCGCCAUCUUGCUCUCAGUUCUCGACUGGAUCUCCGACCCCGGGCUCAGUUUCUCCGCUCGAUAUAUUCGCUCCGCGGAGGCAUAAAGAAGGUAUGGAUGAGCUGCAUUCUCUGGAUCCACGCCGGCAGGAGCUUUUGGAGGCACGUUUCAUUGGGGCAGUGAGCGGAAACACAGGAGGAAGCACAGGGAGCGCGAGUGGCGGGCCUAAAGGUUUGAACAAUAACGAGUGCUCCAGUCACAGUUUUGGCAGCCUGGGGUCAUCGAGUGACAAGGAGUCCGAGAACUCUGACAUAAAGAAAGGAGGAUCACCUGCAUAUUCAACUCCAGAGAAGAAGCACUCCGAGUCGUCCAGAGGAAGAAAGAGGAAGGUUGAUAACCAAUCCGAGAGCAGCCAAGGAAAGUCUUCCGGCCGAGGCCCCAAGAUCAGCGAUUAUUUUGAUUUCCAGGGAGGAAACGGAUCGAGUCCAGUCCGGGGUCUUCCUCCGGUCCUGCGCUCACCACAGAACUCUCACUCUGCACCUGGAGCCAUCGUCAGACAGAACAGCUCAUCACCCACCAGCCUGUGUUUCAUGGAUCACACCAUGAAUCUGAAACAGCUGAGCAGCAGAAGUGUCCAGACGGAUUUGACACUGUUGAAACUGGCUGCACUUGAGAGCAAUAAGAAUCUUGACCUUGAGAAGAAGGAGGGCAGAAUAGAUGAUCUACUCAGGGCGAACUGUGACCUCCGAAGACAGAUAGAUGAGCAGCAGAAACUGCUGGAACGUUUCAAGGAGCGUCUGAACAAAUGCACUACGAUGAGUAAAAAACUCCUGAUUGAGAAGAGCACUCAAGAGAAACAGUCCUGCCGGGAAAAGAGCAUGCAGGACCGGCUGCGUCUGGGACACUUCACCACAGUCCGGCACGGGGCGUCCUAUUCCGAACAGUGGACUGAUGGAUAUGCCUUCCAGAACCUCGUCAAGCAGCAGGAGUGGAUAAACCAGCAGCGGGAAGAGAUUGAGAGGCAGCGGAAACUUCUAGCGAAGCGCAAACCUCCUAGCACACCCUCCUCCCAGAGCCCGACCCCCAACGAGUCCAAACAGAGAAAGACCAAAGCAGUGAACGGAGCCGACAACGAUCCCUUCCUCAAACCCAGCCUGCCGACACUGCUGACUGUGGCCGAGUAUCAUGAGCAGGAGGAAAUCUUCAAACUGAGACUGGGUCAUCUCAAAAAGGAGGAGGCAGAGAUCCAGGCAGAGCUGGAACGGUUGGAGCGUGUGAGGAAUCUGCACAUUCGAGAGCUUAAGAGAAUCAACAAUGAGGACAGUUCUCAGUUUAAAGACCAUCCAACUCUUAAUGAACGAUAUCUUCUGUUACACUUGCUGGGAAGAGGAGGUUUUAGUGAAGUUUAUAAGGCGUUUGACCUGUUUGAGCAGCGAUACGCAGCGGUGAAGAUCCACCAGCUCAACAAGAACUGGAGAGAAGAGAAGAAAGAGAAUUACCACAAACAUGCCUGUAGAGAAUACAGAAUCCACAAGCAACUGGACCAUCCUAGAAUAGUCAAACUCUAUGAUUACUUCUCGCUGGACACCGACACAUUCUGCACUGUUCUGGAGUUCUGUGAGGGGAAUGAUCUGGAUUUCUAUCUGAAGCAACACAAGCUGAUGUCCGAGAAAGAAGCUCGAUCUAUCGUCAUGCAGAUUGUCAAUGCGCUCCGAUACCUCAACGAGAUCAAACCUCCCAUCAUCCACUACGACUUGAAGCCAGGAAAUAUCCUGUUGGUGGACGGAACGGCAUGUGGGGAGAUAAAGAUUACAGAUUUCGGCUUGUCUAAAAUUAUGGAUGACGACAGCUAUGGAGUAGACGGGAUGGACCUGACAUCACAGGGAGCCGGAACCUACUGGUAUUUGCCACCCGAGUGUUUUGUCGUUGGUAAAGAGCCUCCAAAGAUCUCCAAUAAAGUGGACGUGUGGUCUGUUGGCGUCAUCUUCUUCCAGUGCCUGUAUGGACGAAAGCCGUUUGGCCAUAAUCAAUCCCAGCAAGACAUCCUUCAAGAGAACACCAUCCUCAAAGCCACUGAAGUGCAGUUUCCGGCCAAACCUGUGGCUAGCAAUGAGGCCAAGGCGUUUAUCCGCCGCUGUCUGGCCUACAGGAAGGAGGAUCGCUUUGACGUGCACCAGCUGGGAAGUGACUCCUAUCUUCUUCCUCACAUGAGACGAUCCAAUUCGUCGGGAAACCUACAGGCCACGCCUGCCAGCCCCGCCCCUUCAGGAAUCAUCUCCUACUGAUCUCAUUGGCUGAUCGAUCACGAUUGACAGUUCUGAUGGCAAAUUCCCUCCCCUCACCGCCUUGGGCGGAUAAAAGGGGGAGGAGCUACAUGAUGUAGGACACGCCCACACCGGCCGCAGUGACUGCCAUUGAUAUUGGCGCAGGAAUGGCCGAUGUCAUUUCCUGUGUGGAUCCAGAUGUCAGUCAGAGCUAGAACCAUUGAAAAGUGGAUAUUUGGUUUUUUUUUUUACCAGAGGCAUCUUGUUGGAGUAGAUUUGGAAGGGUUGCGCUAACGUUUUAGCUUCUUGUUGAUAUCCUCCCUGAGCUACACCUCUAUGGAGGUGUUUUGUUUUGUGUAAGUGUGAAGUUUAGAGGCAAUUAAUUGUAGUGUGAUUGGAAAUAGACGAGCGAGUGAUUUAAUGUGACACAAAAGUGUCUAAGAGAAUCGUGUGUAUGCGUCUGUGAAUGGAUGGUUCACGCCACAGCGUUAUAUGUUGGCUGUUUAUAACAUACAUGUGUGUCGGACACAUAUAGCAAGAUGUGUGUAUGUGUGCGCGCGCGUUACAAAAAUGCUGUGUCUAUUUUACUUGAGAGUAAGAUGUAUGAACAGUAUAAAUGCGUGAAUCUUGCUCAAAAUGUCCAGGUCACACUUCACACCUGAAAUCCAGAUUCAUUUCAUAUAAAUGAUGUGUGACAGUAAACUUUACAAUAGUCGCCAUGAACAUUGUGGUGUUUAUAGGCACAUUGUGACUAUUUCAAGAGUUUUUCUGUUAUAAUUUAAGAUUAUUUAAUAUUAAUUUGCAUAUAAAAACUAGUUCGACGUCGUCAGCAUGAAUUAAAGGCAAUAUCACACACAAACACAACAGUUUAGUAUGUAUACGGUGUCAUUUAUUUCAGUUAAACUUAGUCAGAAUGAGACAGCAGGAGUCUUUUUAAUAGAUUUUGGUGUGGAAAAUGACCUGGACAUGUUGUUGACCAGUUUGGGAGAUUCAUCCUGCAUGUAGGAUCAGACGUUAAAAAAAAUCAUCUCCAAUAACAGUGUGUGUAACAAUGAAUCCAGCUCUUUUCUCCACGUUUGUUGUCGACGCAGCAUCACCUCGCUGCUACCUGAUGUUGCUUUUAGUUGAUUUUGCUACUCCGAUGAAGAUUAUAAAUUGGAUUACCCAGGAAACGGCAUGAGAAGUGUGGUUGUGAAUGCGCUGUGUGUGUGUGUGUGAAUGCGAGCAGACGGAAGGUGGGCCGGAUCCCACCCUUGAUCAUUGAACCCCUUUAUGCCCAGACCCAGUGCUGUCAUGUUGCUUUAGCAGGUCCCUGGCUGAUCCCGGAGCCCGAGUCAGGUCAGCAUCAGGACCGGACCGCCAUCAGACUGUCAACGCUUCCAGAGUCUGUGUUCAGGGGAAGAAUCUCAGCUUUUUUUGUGGUCUCCUCUCUCUAAAUACUCUCUCAACCCCCCAGAAAAGCAGUCUUCAGCUCCACAUAUGGUGAUCUGUCUCUAAAGUGCUGCUGCGAUUGUAGAGAAUGUAGCCAAAAGAGAAAUAAACAUUUUGAAAAUA